AGCAGCCUUUUAGCUUCAAAAGGAUCAAAACUCCUUUUCCAUUUUUUUUUUUCUGUUUCCACUAUCCCUCGAAACCAAAAAAAACAGAAAAACUCUUUUAUCUCUAAAUUAAAAGCUGCAGAAAUGGUAGUAGCAUCAGCUAUUACAGCUCCUGUUAGCUUCUCUAUCUUUUCUACAAACAAAACCCUCCCUUCUGUUUCUUCAUCAUCAUUCCACAGAGUCUCAGCAAGGUUUAUAGUGUCCUCUUUGAAUAGUAGUCCCUACCGUGAUUCUUCAAUUGGUGGAUUAUCAAGUAGAAGAAGUGGACUUCCUCUAAGCAUUGAUGAGAAGAAUUCUCAUAGAGCUACUCAAAGUUACAUUACAAUUGAAGCCAAAAAGGGAAAUCCACCAAUUAUGCCUGCAGUAAUGACUCCAGGAGGACCUUUGGAUCUGCAAUCUGUGCUAUUUAGGAAUCGCAUAAUCUUCAUUGGGCAACCUAUCAAUUCGCAGGUGGCUCAACGUGUUAUAUCCCAGCUCGUCACUCUAGCGACCAUCGAUGAGAAUUCUGAUAUUCUGAUGUACCUGAACUGCCCUGGUGGAAGCACUUACUCUGUGUUGGCAAUUUAUGAUUGCAUGUCCUGGAUAAAGCCAAAAGUUGGCACCGUAUGUUUUGGAGUAGCUGCAAGCCAAGGAGCGCUGCUUCUUGCUGGUGGAGAAAAGGGAAUGCGGUAUGCAAUGCCUAAUGCGCGUAUAAUGAUACAUCAACCACAGGGUGGAUGUGGGGGUCAUGUGGAGGACGUGAGGCGGCAAGUAAAUGAAGCAGUUCAAUCUCGUCAUAAAGUUGACAGGAUGUAUGCUGCAUUUACUGGCCAACCUCUUGAGAAAGUGCAGCAAUACACUGAGAGGGAUCGUUUCUUGUCUACCUCAGAGGCUAUGGAGUUUGGGCUUAUCGAUGGCAUCUUGGAAACAGAAUACUGAACGAGGGCUUGUUCAUGCUAGGUCAUUAGAAAUUGAUGGAAGUUUAGAUGCUGAAUGGUUCUUUGUAGAAUUGGAUUUCCCUUUUGCUGAUGGGAACUUAUAAUCAUAUGUUCUCUCAUAUUACAAUUUCUUUAAAAAAGAUAAAAUUUGAUGAUUGUAGGUGGAACCCCGUUUCUCUUUUUAUCUUUUUCGCCCAAAAUUUUCAUCCACUGAGCUAAUUGCUCCUAUAAGAAAAAGGGAGCUGGUUUUGUAAUA